AUGGGUACGAAGAUCGCUGUAGCCAAAACACCGAAGCGAAAAGAGUUGGAGGUGAACAGUAACAAAGCCGAAUUGAGCGUGGAACAGCUAAUCGCCAGACUGAAAGAAGAGGAUAAGCUUCUCCAAAACAUUCCCAAGCAUCCAAAGGUGGCCACGAUCAAUUUACCGAAGGAAAUGAUAGAGAAGAGUCCAAGAGUAGCCAUGAUUGAUAUGCCAAAGAAUCAAUUCCAGUAUGGGAAAUCUCUGCAGGUUACCCGACCUCCAUUUAGGUUGGUGCCCUUAAGCCGCACCGCUCACAUCCAUGUUGGUCAAACAGUUCGUACCAAGACCAGUGAAGGAAGGCUGAUUGGCUUGAAAAAGAAGAAGAAGGCCUACAAAGUGACCAGCGGUGACGCUCGACGCAAGGGCGCUGAAUUCGACCCGUGGGAGCGCAUGGGCCAAAAGAUCUGA